AGCACAAACGUUCAGCUACAUGCACAAAGAACCACAAGCAUGACUAAGCUCAUCCUUAAUUAUCCUUGUCGCAGAAAUUUUCCUCCUCACCGCCAUUGCUUCAGCUGAAGAUGGCUUCGCAAGAACCAUGAACAAAAAACUCAUCGACCUCCCAGAUCAUGAGACACUCACCCAUCUCCGGCUCUACUGGCACGACUCCACACGCGGUCAAAACCCUAGUACCGUCAGGAUCCAACAACCGGUCUCGAAUUCCUCCUUAUUCGGAUCCAUCUCCAUGAUGGACGAUGCGUUGACAACGGAUGUGAUGAAGAACUCGACUGUGGUUGGCCAGGCCCAAGGGAUUUAUGCGGGAGCGGCCCAAGGAGAGAUAGGUUUAUUGAUGGUGAUGAACUUUGCUUUCAAAACCGGGAAGUAUAACGGGAGUACGAUCACGAUCCUUGGUAGGAACGUUGUGAUGGAAAAGGCUAGGGAAAUGUCGGUGGUCGGAGGAAGCGGGAUGUUCGGGUUUGCUAGAGGUUAUGUCGAGGCUCGGACCAAGUUUCUUGAUCUCAAGUCCGGCGUAGCCAUUGUUGAGUAUAACUGUUAUGUCUUGCAUUACUAAUCAUAACUAUGCUUUUGUUCGUUUGUAAUGUUGUUAAGUAACAUUUGCAUUUGACGAAUGUUAUUGUCUGUUUUCCUUUUUGUUGUUGUAUGUCAUGUUGUGUACCGUGGUGUGAUCGUUGUGGGAAUGUUCUCUAGUAUAUAUUCCCAUUUAAAUAAUUUUGGAAUGAUCAUGAGCACAAUCAUGAUCUAAUCAAACCUUAUAGUAUAAAUACUUUGUUGUUUAA